CUCUAGCUUUUCUUUCAAAAUUCUCCACUUUCUCUUGAUUACCAUAAUGGAUUCGAGUGAUCAAGCAGACAGAAUAUCAAAUCUACCAGAUGUUCUUUUGGUCCUCAUCAUUUCAUGCUUAUCUUUCAAGGAAUGUGUUCAAACAUGUGCCCUCUCCAAGCGGUGGAGAUCUGUCUAUCUUGAGACAAGGAAUGUUUCUUUCAAGGAAACCGACUUCUUGAGCCCUUCUGUCGACGCAAAUCCCAUAAGAAAUGCUUUGGGUAGGAUUGUAUUCGUUGAUUACGUGUGUUGUUGGGUCGCUAGAAUCCAUGACCAUCCCAUCGAUACGUUCGAGAUCUCUGUCUCGUAUCCGAAGACUUACUUGGAUCUGAUCGAGUCCCUGAUAGCGUUCGCGGUCAGAAAAAAGGUCAAGAACUUGGUUCUUGAUUUCUCAAACCAGGCGUGGAGAAACUUUCAUGAUGUAAACAAUCAAGAUUUGGUUGUCGAAAUCCCACAAAGUGUCUAUGAUCUAACGAGUCUCGAGUCGUUGAAAGUUGCCGCUUGCAUGGACUUCGACCCCGCAAAACUAUCAAACCUAGGGAAGCUCAAAAGCGUCUCUUUCGGCUGGAUGGAACUGAAGAAUCCUGAGCCUUUGCUAAAGACUUCAAGGAUUGAGAGUUUAAGUAUGAACGAGUGCUGGGGGCUUGAUUUUGAAUUGGUAUCAGGGGAUAUGAGAGAAGUUGCAAUCAAAAACUGUGACUUUUUCCUUAACUGCACCUUUGACCUCCCUAGAGUUGACAUACUCAAGUACUCGGGAGAUAUUUUACGCUUCGAGUUUGAUAAAAUGAAUACCAUCAUAAGCGAAGUUGAAUUUGAUUUCCGGGUGUUGGACAAUAACAAAGAUGAAUCAAACGAUCCGAACACCGCAGAAGGAGGAAUGCUUUGUCAUCUUCUUAAUAAUCUCCUUGAUAAUGGUGGUCGAUCUGCUACGACCUUAACGGUCUGUCCGUUUCUACUCAAGAUGAUUCCAAGAUCGCAUCCACAUUUGCUUCACCCGAUGGAAACAAAACAUUUAGUGCUGAAGACGGAAUUGCAUCCGAGAGAGUUCAAUGGAAUUAGGCUUCUUCUCAUGAACUGCCCAAACUUGGAAACACUCACUAUAGAUUUGCUUCCUCCAAGCCCCAUUGCGGUAAGUUUUCUUAAUAUAAAAUUAUACAGGGCAAUUGUCAAUAAUAGCAUCUUUUGAAGUUUAUGUCUCAAAAAUAGCACUAGAAGGAGAAAGUCACAAAAA